AUGUGUCUUGCGCGGGCGGUGUUGGAGCAUACGGCUCUCACGCAAGGCUCGCAUGCUACACCCAGCAAUGCCAAGCUACCGCCGUCAAUCCAGCUGGUUCUUAUAGAGGAAUCCCUUGCACAAUCGGCGGUGGGUGUUGUGCGGGAGAUGGUCUAUCGUGCAGAAAAAAGUCAACAAACAACCAUUCUUGUUUGCACGCAGCGCGAUCCAGUCAUGUAUUUACCUCCCUCUCCAUCAAAACAUUUGUAUGUCCGUGAUUAUCAUACAGUUUCUGCCACGUACGACGAUAUUACUAUCUCGCAUAUUGAGCGUGGUAUCUUGACUACCAUGGACAAGGUAGCCAAAACGGCUCGCGUGACGCUCAUUAUCGACUCCCUAGAUGCACUCCUCGACGCUACAGGCUGCCGCAUCAAUGAAGCGUACAGUUUCCUGCGUCGCAUCUUGCAACUGGUCCCACGCUACUCGCGCAUCAUGGCCUGCUAUGACCAAGAUCCAUCCAGUUCUGCCUCGUCCCUUGUAGCGGCUAUGCGGACUCCACAAAUAUGGCUUGGAUACACUCCCGUUCACGAUGAUGCUUCCUCUACACCGUGGUCUCAUGCCACUGUAUCCAUGCGUGUUUUGGCUCCGGCUAUGCUUCAGCACAUCCAAAAGACGUAUGGAUUGGCGCCACCUACCUCUUCGUCGUCUGUCUAUCGUGCGGCCGUUGAUGAUGCUGGCGUGUUGCCUUUGCAAACCUCUUCUUUCAGCAGCUCUGAUACCCCUGUGGACCUCCGCUACUGGACGCUGCUUCACAACACGGCGCGGCGUGGGCCCCUAGGUAUUAUGGACGAACAAGGGAGCCUUGGAUGGUGGGGUAAGGUCGCGGAGAAUUCUAGCUUACACGCUUCCGAUACGCUCGACAAAACAGAGUACCUCAUACCUGGUCCGGUGCUCUCGUGGAACGAUGUUUCGCCCAAAACCCGUGGUAUCCUUUUCCUUCAUACCCAUGUAUCUUUGUCUUCGGGCAAACGGCUUAAUGAGCUUGUCGCUUGUGGCUACCAUCCAUCAAAAAGAUUACAUGUCCUUGCCGUCUCAUCAUCGAGUGGACGCACCUUGCCUGAAUCUGCGACGUCGCACGAUCCUCAUACCUCCAUGGUCCAAAGUCUGCCAUUCAACUUGGCAGAGACAAAACAACAGCGAGAAAGGCGAGAGAACGUGCCACUGCCUUACACUUAUCAGCUCAAUCCAGCGCAAGAGAAUGCAAGUCUUCGCGGCUCUACAGGCCAAAGUGCGAUUUUCUUCGAGCCAGAAAGUGAGGAUGACGAAGAUGAUGAAGAUCCCGAUGAUGACUUAGAUCUAUAG